AUGUCUGGAGCCAAUAGCUCCAGCCUGAUCCUGGGAUUCUUCAUCUUGAAUGGUAUUCCUGGCCUGGAAGCUGAACACAUCUGGAUCUCCCUCCCAUUCUGCCUCAUGUACAUUGUUGCUGUCCUGGGAAACUGUGGGCUCAUCUACCUCAUUGGCCAUGAGAAGGCCCUGCACCGGCCUAUGUACUACUUCCUGGCUCUGCUGUCCUUCACUGAUGUCACCCUGUGCUCCACAACUGUUCCCAACAUGCUGUGCAUAUUCUGGUUUGACCUCAAGGAGAUUGACUUUAAUGCCUGCCUGGCACAGAUGUUUUUUGUCCACACGUUGACAGGGAUGGAGUCUGGAGUGCUCAUGCUCAUGGCCCUGGACCGCUAUGUGGCCAUCUGCUAUCCUUUACGCUAUGGCACCAUCCUCACCAACCCUGUCAUUGCCAAGGCUGGUCUUGCCACUUUCUUGAGGAGUGUGAUGCUAAUUGUCCCAUUUACUUUCCUCACCAAACGCCUGCCCUAUUGCCAGGGGAACCUCAUCCCCCAUACUUACUGUGACCACAUGUCAGUGGCCAAGGUCUCCUGUGGCAAUGUUAAGAUCAAUGCUGUCUAUGGACUCUUGGCAGCCCUUUUGAUUGGGGGAUUUGAUAUGUUUUGUAUCUCCGUGUCUUACACCAUGAUAUUGCGUGCAGUGGUGAGUUUGUCAUCUGUAGAAGCUCGGCAGAAGGCCUUUGGCACCUGUACCUCCCACCUAUGUGCUAUUGUUAUCACUUAUGUUCCAGCCUUAUUCAGCAUUUUUACUCAUCGGUUUGGGGAACAAAGCAUUCCCCACCAUGUCCACAUUAUUAUUGCCAAUCUCUAUCUGAUGUGCCCUCCAACUCUGAAUCCCAUUGUUUAUGGAGUCAAGACCAAGCAGAUCCAGGAAGGAGUGCUAAAGCUAUUUUAUAAGGAGAAAAAUACAUAA